UACAUCAUUUCCCCGCAAGUACAAAAAAAAAUCGUCUUCCUCGUAGAACGGCUUGCACAAAUGUCUCUGUUAUCCUUUGUCACCGCCACCGCCGUCUUCUUCUUCUCGUUCUUUUCCUCUAUAUCGCCGGCGAUCUCAUCACCGGUCGUAUCCGGCGAUAUACGGACAGCGUACGAUCUCCUACAGAGCUAUAACUUUCCGGUGGGGGUUCUCCCUAAAGGCGUGAUCCGCUAUGAUCUGGACAAAUCCACCGGGAGAUUUCACGUUUUCUGGAAUGAUUCCUGCAGUUUCUCUCUGGAAGGAUCGUACCAACUCCGGUACAAAUCCUCCAUCAGCGGCCAAAUCUCGAACAACAGGCUCACGAAUCUGAGCGGCGUGAGCGUGAAGGUUCUGUUCCUGUGGCUGAACAUCGUCGAGGUCACCAGGAACGGCGACGAUCUGGAAUUCUCCGUCGGAAUCGCCUCAGCGGGUUUCCCGAUCGAUAAUUUCUACGUUUGUCCGCAGUGUGGGUGUGGAUUGAUCUGCGAUGACCCGCAAGUAAGGAAGAUGAGACGUAGUCCCUUUGUUUCUUCGAUUUAAUUUGAUUCGUCAUCCAAAGCGAAUGAUCCAUUGCAGCUGAUGCAUGCUUGUGUAUUACCCAGAGUUCAUCCAAAACUUAAAACAACAACAAUUUCUUGUGCUUCGUCUUCGAAACUGAUCAUAUUCUGAUGGAUCAAUUGUUUAUC